GGAGGAAUGUAAAGGGAUGUAUAAUUUAUUCGUUCGAACAGAGAAGAGACGGGAGAGGAAAAAAAGUGCGAGAAAUGAAGACCGCUCCGAAGAUUAUUUUGCUAUUCAGAGACGCCGACGGCGUCGGAUCUGCAAUUGCCGACGCCCUGCAACCCAACCACAAUUCUACUCUUCAAAGAACAAAAACUUCUUUCGAGCUAUCGUUGGAUAGGUACGGGAUCAAAGAUGUCAAAGCUUCGGGAGACGCCAUUCAUUUUAUUGAUCACGAGGGCUUGUAUCAGGUGUCUCUUUUGCUUCUACAAUACUAUGAUCCGCCAAUUAUUGCCUGUGCUGUUAAUGAACUCUUGGCAUCAAUAAUGGGAGAAAACUCUUCCUCCAUGCUCACACUCAUACUCCCAUUUCUUGUGGCUGCAUCAAAGCUUGAGAAGGAAAUGAAAAGUUCAAUACCGGGUAACCACAAAGUUGCAUUGUCUGGUGUUCAAAUAGGUCCAGAGACAGAUUUUACUCGGGCCAUGAUUGCUAGAAUCCAGAAGGCACCGCCUUCAUUACAGAUUCAUUAUGAACCUCUGGCUUGCUUGCUUCAGUUGGUCCGUGUCUUGAAGCUACCAAGUUUUCUUCUCAUUGGACCAACUGCUCAACACCAAUCCAAAAGAACUCCUGAUGAAGACAUUGAGGCACUUUAUGAGUUGGGAGAGUUCUUGGCGAGCAGUGUUAACUUGUGCUUUUUGAGGGAUAGAAUUCAUUGGAAUCCAACAAAGAAGCAGAGGGACAAUUUGGAGCCAUGGCGAGCACUGUAUGGUUAAAACUUCGUUUGUGAUAACGAACAAGAUUUAAAAGGCAGCCUUUCAUUUGAUGAACCAGGUUCUGGACGGUUUACUGAAAAGAGUUUUGGGUCUUCAUCAAGUUCCCAUCUUUUUUCUUGCAUUUGUCUUCUUUUUACCCCACCUUUUUUUUUUCGAAUAUCUAUCAAGUCUUUAUACAAACCUUCUCUUCUAGGAAUUUCUUUUUUGGCUUCAGGCAGCAUUAACUCUUUUCACGUGUGACUCUUUUGGCUACACAUUUUCAAUACAGGGGAUGAUCUGAGUCCGGAUCUUGUCCCAAAACAGGGUCUCAACUGUCUCUCCCAACUGCAAUCCCAGCUGAAACAUUUCGCCAUGAAGGACAAGAGAGAUGUUACCAAUGCAUGGCUGCAAUGGCUGUUUGUGGGACUAGAUCCGAACUCAGAUGAUCUAUCUUUUCAGUCUUCGAA